AUGUCCUCUCCCGUCUGGCUCUUGCGGAUGAAGGGCGUCUCCCACAUCCAGAUGCCCGUCGUGUUGCGCUUGCGGCCGGCGCGCCACGAGAAGCCCUUCUCGCCGUGGGUCUGCUCCACGUUCGAGUUGCCCUCGAGCUUGGCCUCGCCGCUGCCGGCCACGCCCUCCAUGACCCAGGCCUUCCAGACCUCCGUGGCCUCCUCUUGCCCGUGCGGAAGGCCCCCACGACGGAGAAGAUGGCCACCUUCAUGUCCUCCGGCACCUGGUGGAAGAUGCGGCGCAGCGCCGCCUCGUCCAGCGUGA